AUGGCCGCCGAAAAUUUUUACAAUGUAAAUAAUUUUCAAAGUUUACCCCUAGAAAUCAAAGUUCAGUUCAGCAAAGAGACUUUAUUUUCAGCACUCCAACAAGAGGCAGAAACUCAACGGUACGACGGAUGGUACAACAACCUGGCGAACAGUGAAUGGGGUUCUGCUGGAAGUCGGCUGCAUAGAGAUGCACGUUCCUACUACUCAGACGGUGUAUAUUCAGUGAAUAACUCACUUCCGUCCGCCCGUGAACUCUCCGAUAUACUAUUUAAAGGAGAGUCCGGUAUUCCUAAUACAAGAGGAUGCACCACUUUAUUGGCAUUUUUCAGUCAAGUAGUUGCUUAUGAAAUAAUGCAAUCAAAUGGAGUAUCCUGUCCACUAGAGACACUUAAAAUUCAAGUACCCCUAUGUGAUAAUGUAUUUGAUAACGAAUGCGAGGGGAAAACUACAAUCCCAUUUUACCGUGCAAAAUACGACAAAGCAACUGGAAAUGGUCUUAACUCGCCUCGAGAACAAAUCAAUGAACGGACUUCAUGGAUUGAUGGAUCAUUCAUCUAUGGUACCACCCAGCCAUGGGUGUCCGCAUUAAGAUCUUUUAAACAAGGACGGUUAGCUGAAGGUGUACCUGGAUAUCCACCACUUAACAACCCACAUAUUCCAUUGAAUAACCCCGCUCCGCCACAAGUACAUCGAUUGAUGAGUCCAGAUAGAUUAUUUAUGUUGGGAGACUCGCGUGUGAAUGAGAAUCCUGGUCUUCUUUCAUUUGGUCUGAUCCUCUUCCGUUGGCAUAACUACAAUGCAAAUCAAAUCUAUCGAGAACAUCCUGACUGGACAGACGAGCAAAUCUUCCAGGCAGCACGUCGUUUGGUGAUUGCAUCUAUGCAGAAGAUUAUUGCAUAUGACUUUGUUCCAGGACUUCUAGGUGAAGACGUUCGUUUGUCAAACUACACCAAAUACAUGCCACAUGUUCCACCUGGAAUCUCGCAUGCUUUUGGAGCAGCCGCCUUCAGGUUCCCUCACUCAAUUGUGCCACCAGCAAUGCUUCUGAGAAAACGAGGAAAUAAAUGUGAAUUCCGGACGGAAGUUGGUGGAUAUCCUGCAUUGAGAUUGUGCCAGAAUUGGUGGAAUGCACAGGAUAUUGUGAAGGAGUACAGUGUGGAUGAGAUUAUUCUUGGAAUGGCAAGCCAGAUAGCUGAACGAGAUGAUAACAUAGUAGUCGAAGAUCUUCGUGAUUACAUCUUCGGACCAAUGCAUUUCUCUCGUUUGGAUGUUGUUGCUUCAUCAAUAAUGAGAGGAAGGGACAAUGGAGUACCACCGUAUAAUGAAUUGAGAAGAACAUUCGGACUUGCACCAAAGACAUGGGAGACAAUGAAUGAAGAUUUCUACAAGAAGCAUACUGCAAAAGUGGAAAAGUUGAAAGAGUUGUAUGGAGGCAAUAUUUUAUAUCUGGAUGCUUAUGUUGGAGGAAUGCUGGAAGGAGGUGAAAAUGGGCCUGGAGAGAUGUUCAAAGAAAUCAUAAAGGAUCAGUUCACCCGUAUUCGAGAUGGAGAUCGAUUCUGGUUUGAGAAUAAACUAAAUAGAUUAUUCACUGAUGAAGAAGUUCAAAUGAUUCAUAGUAUUACACUUCGUGAUAUUAUCAAAGCAACAACCGAUAUCGAUGAGACGAUGCUUCAGAAGGAUGUAUUUUUCUUCAAAGAAGGUGAUCCAUGCCCCCAGCCGUUCCAAGUGAAUACCAUUGGACUUGAGCCUUGUGCUCCACUUAUUCAAUCCACCUACUGGGAUGAUAACGAUACUACUUAUAUCUACACUCUAAUUGGUUUGGCGUGUAUUCCUUUAAUUUGCUAUAGUAUCGGUCAUUAUAUGGUUGAACGACGUAUCCGAAUAGGUCAUAACAGUGCUUGUGACAGCUUGACUACUGACUUUUCAACAGAAAGUCCCAAAGUUAAUGUCUACAAAGUGAAUGCUUUGGAAUGGCUUCAAGAAGAGUACAUACGGCAAGUUCGGAUAGAAAUAGAGAAUACCACGUUGACAGUGAAGAAGCCACGUGGUGGAAUCCUUCGAAAAAUUCGUUUUGAAACUGGACAGAAGAUUGAGGUAUUCCACUCUAUACCGAAUCCAUCAGCAAUGCACGGACCAUUUGUACUUUUGUCUCAAAAGAAUAAUCAUCAUUUGGUGAUAAGAUUGUCGUCUGAUAGAGAUUUAUCUAAAUUUUUGGAUCAAAUUAGACAGGCGGCUAGUGGAAUCAAUGCAGAGGUUAUCAUAAAGGAUGAGGAGAAUUCUAUUCUCUUGUCCCAAGCAAUCACAAAAGAACGCCGUCAAGACCGACUGGACCUGUUCUUCCGUGAAGCCUACGCAAAAGCAUUCAAUGAUAGUGAACUUCAAGAUUCGGAAACUUCAUUUGACUCAUCGAAUGAUGAUAUAUUAAAUGAGACAAUAUCUCGUGAGGAAUUGGCAAGUGCAAUGGGAAUGAAAGCUAAUAAUGAGUUUGUGAAGAGAAUGUUCGCGAUGACUGCAAAACAUAAUGAGGAUUCGCUCAGUUUCAAUGAGUUUUUGACAGUAUUGAGGGAGUUUGUUAAUGCUCCUCAAAAGCAAAAACUGCAAACUCUAUUCAAAAUGUGUGAUUUGGAGGGAAAGAACAAGGUACUCCGAAAGGAUCUCGCAGAACUCGUCAAGUCCCUCAAUCAAACCGCCGGAGUUCACAUUACCGAAAGUGUGCAGCUUCGAUUAUUCAAUGACGUGCUGCACAAGUCUGGAGUAAGUGACGAUGCGGAGUACUUGACUUGUAAUAAUUUCGACGCAUUGUUCUCGGAGAUCUCUGACGUCCAGCCGAUCGGUCUGCCAUUUAAUAGGAAGAAUUAUAACUCACAUAUCAAGGAGCCAUCAUGCCACACCUCAUUCCCAAUAGUGGACCACUCUACUCCUGCUCCACUUUCUCUGAUUCAGAGAAUUUGUGCAUUCCUGGAAACCUAUCGCCAACACGUCUUCAUCAUCUUCUGCUUUGUCGCCAUUAACAUUGUCCUUUUUUUCGAACUUUUCUGGCAUUCCCGCUACCUAAACGAAGAUCGAGACCUCCGUCGGGUGAUGGGUGCCGGGAUCGCUAUCACUCUCUCUUCUGCGGGAGCCUUGUCAUUUUGCAUGGCGUUGAUAUUGCUCACAGUUUGUAGAAAUAUUAUAACACUGCUUCGAGAGACAGUUAUUGCGCAGUAUAUUCCAUUUGACUCGGCUAUCGCGUUCCAUAAGAUCGUCGCAUUAUUCACCCUAUUCUGGUCUACCCUUCACACCAUCGGCCAUUGUGUUAACUUUUAUCACGUUGGAACUCAAAGCGACCGUGGACUUGCUUGUCUCUUCCAGGAAACAUUUUUCGGAUCUGACGUCGUGCCUACCCUAAGCUAUUGGUUCUAUGGAACAAUUACUGGGUUGACGGGAAUUGGAUUAGUUAUUGUUAUGAGUAUCAUUUAUGUGUUCGCAUUGCCAAAGUUCACUAGAAGAGCAUAUCACGCGUUCCGGCUGACUCAUCUUUUGAAUAUUGGGUUUUAUGCACUCACUAUUCUUCACGGACUUCCUUCACUUUUUGGGUCUCCCAAAUUUGGCUACUACGUUGUUGGACCCAUUGUCCUUUUUGUAAUCGAUCGUAUAAUUGGGUUGAUGCAAUAUUACAAGUCGUUGGAUAUUGCCCAUGCAGAAAUCCUUCCAUCAGAUAUUAUAUACAUCGAGUACCGUCGUCCAAGAGAAUUUGAAUAUAAAUCAGGACAAUGGAUUACUGUAUCAUCACCAUCUAUAUCAUGUACCUUUAAUGAAUCUCACGCAUUCUCGAUUGCCUCAAGUCCACAGGAUGAGAAUAUGAAGUUGUAUAUAAAAGCAGUUGGACCAUGGACAUGGAAGUUGAGAAGUGAAUUGAUAAGAUCAUUGAAUACAGGGUCACCAUUCCCAUUAAUUCAUAUGAAAGGACCAUAUGGUGAUGGUAAUCAGGAAUGGAUGAAUUAUGAAGUUGCAAUAAUGGUUGGAGCAGGAAUCGGAGUGACUCCAUAUGCAUCCACGCUUGUUGAUCUUGUACAAAAAACAUCAAGUGACUCGUUUCAUAGAGUUCGAUGUCGUAAAGUAUAUUUCCUAUGGGUGUGUUCGAGUCACAAGAACUUUGAAUGGUUUGUGGAUAUGCUGAAAAAUGUUGAAAAUCAAGCAAAGCCGGGAAUCCUGGAGACACACAUAUUCGUCACUCAGAUGUUCCAUAAGUUUGAUUUAAGAACUACUAUGCUUUACAUUUGCGAGAAGCACUUCCGUGCCACCAACUCAGGCAUAUCAAUGUUCACUGGCCUACACGCUAAGAAUCAUUUCGGACGGCCCAACUUCAAAGCUUUCUUCCAAUUUAUUCAGAGUGAACAUAAGGAGCAAUCCGAAAUUGGAGUGUUCAGUUGUGGACCUGUAAACUUAAAUGAAAGUAUAGCUGAAGGAUGUGCAGAUGCCAAUCGACAACGAGAUGCUCCGUCAUUUGCACACCGCUUUGAAACUUUCUAA